UCUCUAUAUAUCUUUUCUAUUAUCUCUAUCUCCGAUCGUACUCAAUCGACGCCCGACGCGCCCGACGCGAAGAUGCCGACCAUGUGGCUUUCAGACAACCAGAAGAUCGGAAUGAUCUUCUGCUCUGCCGGUAUGUGACAGGCACGUGCAGCUGUUACGACUCGAUGCCGACUCUCCCCCGAACACAAAAACAUACUGAUGAGGGUGUGCAGGUGGACUGUUCUUGUUCGGUGGUGUGCUCAUGUUCUUUGACCGGUCUCUACUCGCCAUGGGAAAUAUCCUCUUCCUGAUCGGCCUGACCCUCAUAAUCGGCGUACAAAAGACCUUCGCCUUCUUCUCCCGCCGCCAGAAACUCAAGGGUACCGCCGCCUUCGCGGCGGGGAUAAUGCUCAUCAUCUUGCGCUGGCCGCUCACAGGGUUCCUCAUCGAGCUAUACGGCCUGUUUAUCCUCUUCGGCGACUUCCUCGUCACCAUCGGCCAGUUCGCGAACAAUAUCCCCGUCGUCGGGCCGUAUAUCAAGCAGGCGUUGGAGACAUUGGCUGGAGGGAGAUCCAAUGCUGAGCUGCCGGUUUAACCUGCACCAGCAUGUUCAAUAUCAUCUGCAUGUGCCUGAAUAAGAGAAAAGAAAGACUCAUAUCUUGGCCUCGAUGAUGUGCUAUGAUGAGAUGCAUGAUUGAAGCGGAUCAAAAACUUGCUUGCUACCUAUAUUCGAUAGACGGCCUCUGUUCUAUACUUUAUUUGUAAUUACUAAUCUUCUUUUGGACUACCAGUCAACCCUUGUUGAAGACUAGCCACGGCGUUGUCUUAUUAUUGAAUAGAUGAUAUUCUGCAUUCACUGUCUCCUAAUACUGCAGUAAGGGAUAAAUACAUUGCUAGUUAAUAUUACAGACUAGAGUCCUU